AUGGGCGCUGGUCCCGCCGUCGUUAGUGGAGAGAGAGGUGCGUGGGUGGAUCUCUUGGAUCCGAAUCGCAAGUACCACAACAACUGGAGACUUAUCUGUCUCAACUUUUGGAUCUUGCUAUUCCUCAUCACAUCCACGACCAAUGGAUACGAUGGGAGUAUGAUGAAUGGUCUCCAGUCCCUGACUCAGUGGGAGGAUGACUUCAACCAUCCGACGGGUGGAAUGCUGGGACUGCUCAACGCCAUCCAAAACAUCGGCUCACUUGGUGCAUAUCCCUUUGCCCCCUAUCUAUCCGAUGGAAUCGGUCGACGGCCAACGAUAUUCUUUGGAGCACUGCUCAUGUGCGCUGCGACAGCGAUACAGACCGCCUCGAAUAGCGUCCGGAUGUUUAUUGGAGCACGGUUUCUCAUCGGGUUCGGCUUGACAUUUGCCGCAAAUUCUGCUCCAAUGCUUGUUUCAGAAGUCGCGUACCCGCCUCAUCGUGCUCCUGCGACUUCUAUGUACAAUUCGCUUUGGUAUCUGGGAUCAAUCAUUGCCGCCUGGACGACAUACGGAAGCUUUAAGAUCCCGACAUCCUGGGCAUGGCGACUUCCAUCCGUUCUGCAGGGUUUACCGUCUGUCUUGCAAGUCUGCUUAAUAUGGUUCGCUCCUGAAUCUCCGAGAUGGCUUGUUGCGAAGGGACGAGAAACUCAGGCACUCAAGACACUCGCAUAUUACCACGCUGACGGAAACGAGCUCGAUCCACUUGUCCAGUACGAGUUCGAAGAAAUCAGAGCAGCCAUCGGCUUUGAACGCACAGUGACAAAGAACGUCGGCUACUCUUCUCUCUUCCGGAAAAGAGGCAAUCUCAAGCGUCUCCGAAUUAUCGUCGCUAUUGCUGUCUUCUCACAAUGGUCUGGCAAUGGACUCGUUUCGUUCUACCUGAACAAAGUCUUCGACGCCAUCGGCAUCACCGACCCGACCGUCCAACUCCUGAUUAACGGGAUUUUGCAAAUUUGGAAUUUGGCCGUUGCAUUAUGCGCUUCGUUCCUAGUGGACCGGGUCGGGCGAAGGAAGCUGUUCAUCUCAUCUUGCGCUGGGAUGCUGGUGUUCUUCACGUUGCAGACUGUAUGCUCUGCGUUAUUCGCCGAGCGUGGUAACCCUGGUUCUGCGCAUGCUGUUAUUGCGUUCAUAUUCCUCUUCUACGCUGCAUAUGAUAUUGCCUUCACACCUCUAAUCGUUUCAUACACUGUGGAGAUCCUACCAUACGAAAUCCGCGCAAAGGGCCUUACGAUUUUCAACUUAUCCGUUUCCGUCUCUCUUAUUUUCAACCAAUACGUCAACCCAAUUGCACUAGGCAAACUUGCAUGGAAAUACUACAUCGUAUAUUGCUGCUGGCUCGCCUUCGAGCUCAUCUUCUGCUACAUCUACAUCGUCGAGACGAAGAACCUCACGCUCGAAGAAACCUCCGCCCUCUUCGACGGCGAAGAAGCGUUGGAGAAGAUCGAACAACAGGCCGCUGCUCAGGCGGCGAAUGAGAAUGAUGGAGACAUACGUGAGGACGACGAGAAGGGCUCACAGUCACGGUCGUCUUCGCAGCACGAUGCUAAUAAAGUUUAA